UGCCUUCUGCGAGAGGAGCAACUGAAUCACUAAUAAGAAACAUGGCCACUAGUCUCAGCUUUCACAAUAGGUCCUCUAUAUGGAGUCAUGGUCAGCCACACAAUCCUGACAUUGACAACAGAGAGGAUUUGCACAAGCCGUGGUUAACAGCAGGCAACAGAGACCUCCACUGCCCUGUGUGUUUACAAAUAGCCAGCUAUCCUAUAGUGACUAACUGUGGGCACCUUUUCUGUGCACCAUGUCUGAUAUCAUACUGGAAACAUGGCUCCUGGUUAGAUACCAUCAACUGUCCUUUAUGCAGACAGAAGGUGAAUAAGAUGUGUCAUCUCUUCAGUGAGAACACAGCUGAAUGUAAGGAGAGAGAAGUGUUAAGACAUGUCAGAGACUAUAACAAGCGCUUCUCUGGAGCACCAAGACAGGUUAAAGAUUACCUGUGUGAUGCUCCACUCUUCCUGCUGUUGUUGGUGCGAUGGUUGGGGAACAUGGGCAGCCUGGUGUGGCUGUUUCUCUUGAGGGUUGCUGUCUGUGGCUUUGGGGCAGCCUUGUCUCUGGCAUCCCCACUGGAGACACUUCCUGGACCGUUGAGCAGAAUGUUGGGCAUAAUUGAUGAUUUUGUUGUGGUCUUCCUUCUUCUUAUUUGCAUUAUUAACAUUAACCAGCAGAUGGGGCCACAGAGGACAAGAACACAUUCAGUCACCCAGGGUGUGCUGACCGACAUAUUGUAGAGGACAUUGGUAAUGUGCUAACUAGAAUGUUGAAAUUACACUUAAUGAACCUUGUUGGCAAAGGUUAACAGUGUUAUGACCUGGUGCACUUUGCUCUCUGUGAAAAUAGAUUUUCAAUGAAGAGGUGUCUAAAAUAGACAUAAGGCACAGACAGACAGGAACAGUUCUGAUAAGGUUAUAUUUUGAAGUGCAAUUUAAGGUGUUUUUCUUACAAACAAAUAUAUGUAUUAAAUGUAAAGAACUUUUGUAAAUAUACAUGUUU